UUCAACUUCAUUGCAUUUUAUAAAAGAAUAUGGCUGCCGUUCAUUUUACAUCAAAGACAAUUCUGUGUGUUUAUUGAGUGCGUUUUAGGUGAUAAAUCACCGUUUUUCGAUCGAAAAUUGUGUAUUUAUUGCAAAUUAAAUAAUUUUAACAAUGUCGUUAUCGAUUAGUCACGUAUCGAAAAGUGUAAUGUGAGUGUGAAAGAAACGUCGUGUAAAUUAAGAAAAAAAAAUAGGGGCGAACAAAAAAUUUUCCUUUUUCUUUUUGUUGGUACGAAUUCGCAUUUUUGAGACAUUUUUGGAUUCCGCACAGUUACAUUAAAUUAUUGAUAAUAAAUCUACCGUAAACAUGGCUGACGGCAAUAAUGCAAUUUCGACGAAUAAUUUACCAUUGCCCCAACAACAGCCAACAAAAUUGGGUAGCCGUUCGAUUGAUGGAAAAAUUUCGAAACAUGGCAAUGUAAUUCAUCGAACAACCAGCGAAAGUUUACGAUUGGGGGGCGGUAAUGGUGAUCAAUUGGUUGGACCACCGAGCACGAAAAAUACAAAUUCAUCGGCAGCUCGAAAUGCAAAGACUUCCUCAUUUCAGAUUACAUCGGUUACGACAGCAAUCAAUUUACGCACUCCAGCUGACAACGGUGAUGAUUCAGCCGACGAUUUAGAUGAAUCCCACACGGACGAUAAUAGUCGCAUCACCGAUCACGAAAACGAAACGCCCAGCAUUUCGGAGGACACAUUCUCCAAAGAGGAUGUAUUCUUCUCGAGUCAUGCUAUCGGUUCAGCUCCAGUCAUUCCAACGAGUUCACAGUACGGACUGGCUAUAGUCGCACCAAAUGUUGGAGGACUAGACGGUCAAAUGAUAUCGGAUGUGCACGUCAGUGUUACAGAUGGUGGACUGAAUAUUGUAGGCUGUUCCGGCAAACAUGAUGUAGAUAUGAAGGACAUGAACCAUAGAAACGAACGAUUCAAAGUUGUUAAAAUCGAAAGCACAGAACCGUUUAAACGAGGCAGGUGGAUGUGUAUGGACUAUUUGGAUCACACCACAAUGCAACCGACAAAUCCGUCAGGCGAUGGAAAUAAUGAAAAUAACGUCGACUUCGAGAAUCCCAAUGUGGACUCGCCAAACAAAAUUGUUCAGACAGAAAUUCAUUUAGCAAAUUUAAAUGCAAAUUUAAUGCCAGGACAGAGUGCUGCUGGUGGAUACCCAUUAUCAGCCUCAACUUCACCGGGACAAACAUUGAGUCAACCAUUGAAUCCGAGCUCUCUGUUAGGUGCGACUGCGUCAAUUGCUUCCGAUGCUGCAAAUAAUCCUUCUAGUCAUGCUUCCCCAUCCACUUUACCGAAUCCAACCGUUCAAAGUAUGUCAUCGCAGCAAGUUAGCCCAGUUGUACCGCAAAGUAAUGCUGUUCAUCAACCGACAUCAAAUAGCCAAAGUAGUCUUCAACACCAAGACAGUCUUGCAGGAAAUGUUAAUUCAUUGCCUAUGCAAGAUGUUCAACAAAUCCCAAAUAUGCAACAACAACAACAGCAACAACCACAACAAGUUCAGUCACAGCCAACUCAAUUCCAUGGCGGUGGAUCGCAACAACAGCAACAACAACAACAACAACAUCCUCAACACCACCAACAUCAAGGACAAACAUUGCCCGCCAGCGUGUUGCAUAAUAUAACCAACAGUCAUCCCAAUCCAUCACACGUAACAUCGCAACCACAUCAAGCAAUGAGCAUGGGCCAUAUGUCACAGUCACCACAGCUCAUCAAUCAACCAAAUUUUACUCAGUCACAGCCGCUUCAGCCAAUUGCAACAAUUAUCAAUCCGACACAAUCUCAACAGCCGAUCGGCAUUCAAACGCAAAUUCAGCAGCAAGUCAGUAUAGCAAGUCCAGUUCCACAAUCUCAAGCGAAUGUUCAACAAGUUUCGCAACCGAACUAUUCACCGUCAACCGGUAAUGUCGCGACGGGUGUGUUAAUACCAAGUAGUGCUAAUGUCAGUAAUAGUGUACCGAAUGUGAUUAAUGGUAAUUUAGGCAAUGGGAUUGCUAGUGCAGUGAAUGUGAAUGUGGACGAAGGUGCAAGUGGUAUAAGUUCGGGAUAUUUAUCACCAGCUGGUGCGGCAGGGUCUGUAUCAACUAACGUUGGCGAUGUAUCCGGAACGCAAUCGGUGGAUAGUAUGAUUGAGGGACCGAAUCAGUCAUCAACGACUACCGCGUCGACCGGCAGCAGCGGCACGGGAACAACUGAAGAUGGAGCACCAACUGAAGACAGUGAAAGCAUAACGCGUACAAAAAAUGUCCUCACUAGCAACACCGACUUGACACCUCCCCUCUCCCACUAUGCGAAAAAUCAACGUAUUUCCCGAUCAAACCCCCCUUUGUCGGAAAGCACAUCUGAGAAAUCCGCCAAAACAAUUCCACAAGCCGAAUCCAAUGUAUUCACCAAAUUGGCAUUAGGAAAUUGUAUGGAAACGUUAAUGAAAACGUCGCGGCAAAGUUUGCCCAAGAAACUGUUCUCCGUCACACGAAUCGAUGAUUCUAGCGGACCGAGCUCGAGUAUGGGUGCGAGUAUUCCACAUAAAAGCGUUCAGAAUUUGAAACGCGAAGAAUCCAUCGGUAUACCGAUACCACCCAGACGAGACAAUAUGGAUCGCUAUUCGUCAUUUAUGAUUAGUCCACCAUCCGGACGGUACAGUCCGAAUAGUCUAAUGUGUGGAUCGCCGACAAUGGCAUCGUCGCCGGUGCAAGGCGGUUAUUUGGAUGUGUAUGGGAGCAGUGGGAGUGGAAAAGUUAGUAGAGCGGCAUCACCGCAACCAAUAUCCGUCAAUGUUGGGGGUGCGACUGGUUGUGGGGAUUACAGUGCGUCUGGUACAAGUGCAGUUGCGAUUGAUAACAAGAUCGAGCAAGCAAUGGAUCUUGUCAAAUCCCAUUUGAUGUUUGCCGUACGCGAAGAAGUUGAAGUGCUAAAAGAAAAAAUUGCCGAACUUAUGGAUCGCAUCAAUCAGUUGGAAUUCGAAAACAACAUACUGAAAGCGAAUGCCACACAAGAAACAUUAACACAGCUGUCAACAAUAGCACCGCCAAAACCACUACAGAAUCCCAAUCCAGCGAACGGACCAGUUUCAUAAAUAUUUUAUGUUUUUUUUUUAUUAAUUAUAAAAAAGGGAGGAAAUUUUGUUAUUAACAAUAAAUAUUUAUAAAAAGAGUAAACAGAAAGAGGAGAACUAAAGAAGUAAAACAAAAAAAAAUUAUUGAAAUUAGUCGAUCAAUUUAUCGUAAAAAUAAAUUGAUAAAAAAAUUUAAAAAACAAAAAAAAACUCAAAUAAAAAUAAAAAAUUGUUUAAAAAACGAAUGAUUCAACAAUGCUGUCAUUCGACAUCGAAUGUCAAACGAUGCGAGAUCGCAAAAAGAAAAGAAAGAAAAAGUGACCGAUCACUGGAACAAUAUUUCUGAUUUUCUAAAUUGACAAAAAUGUGUCGGUUUUAAAAAUGUAACGCGAAAAAAAAAAACAAAAACAAAUUCGAACUGACAAUAUGUGAUAAUUUAUUCUCCGAAACAAACACUCCAUACAAUGUUGUAAUGGGGUGAACCUAUUAUCGUGCGGGAUUGAUGCGAACAACUUCAUCCCCAUGAAAUACAUUUUCCGAACAAAUAGAGAGAAAACAUUCGUUUGUUAAGGACAUCACACAAAAUGUGAUUGGAGAAACAGUGUUGUUCUCAUUUAAUUCUCUAAUUCAAAAUAAAUCCGAGUUCAUUAAUCACAUCAUCCAGUGAUGUGAAAUGGACACACCCAUUCAUUCGUAAUUUUGAUCAGUUGACUAUAUUUAAAAACAAAAUGUUUUAUUUUUUCUUGAUGAAAAUGAGAUGAAAAAUUCAAAAGAAAAAUAUUUGGAAUUUUUCAUCAAUGAACUCUGGCAUUAUUGUUACCGAUAAUGGGAUGUUGUUGCAAUUCACGAUAUUAUAUGGUUGUGAUCACCACUCGUGAAAAACCAUUCCAACGGAAAAACGAUUCUCGAUAUUAUUUGAGUCAGUCGGAAUUCUCGUACGGAAUUCGAUGGAUAGGCGAAACAAAAAAUAAUUUUUUUGUUAGUAAAACAAAAUCAUUGAAAUAAAGAAACUCAAAUUUUUUAUUUUUGUUGUCGUUGUUAAGACUUCAGUAUUUUUUUGUUUGUUUUAUUUUUUACGAAAAAAAUUAUGAUUUUUGAAGUGUUGGAACUGGUUCGGAUAUUACAAAUAAAGGGAAAUAAGGGAAUAGAACUUGGAAGAUAAAAGAUGAAGUAGACGGAAGUGGCAAGCGAAAAAUUGGGGGAUUAAAGCUUAUAGUAGAAACAAAAAAAAAAUGAUAAAUGAGUAAGAAAAUCAUAAAUGGCUGUGUUAUAAUUAUUUUGAGGAUAAAGAAAAACAAAAGUAAUAAAACAAAAA